GCCGGUGAGUUCCAGGCGGGGCGGCGCUGAGCCGCUAUAGAAGUAUUCGAGGAUGUGAGUGACCGGUCCCGCGGCCACCCAGCCGGGGACGUGCGGACGAUGCUCGCGGUCCUGGGAGCGAUGGCCCUGGUGCUCGUGGCCGGGGCGCCGUGGGUGCCGCCCGGAACGACAGAUAGAGAAGAUCUCAGACCUCCUCAGGAUGUGGAGGUCUACAUCAUGGACAAUGACUUUGCCCUUCUGUGGAGCAGGAACCACGAGUCUGCCAGCAAUGUGACGUUUUCAGCAGAGUAUCAAACAUCUGAAAUGGAUUACUGGGUAAAAUUGCCUGGAUGUCAAGAUAUUGUGGACACCAAAUGCAACUUUUCCUCACCCAAACUAGAUGUUUAUGAAGAAAUGAAAUUGCGUAUAAGAGCAGAAAAGGGAAACCACACUUCUUCAUGGAAUGAGCUUGACUCAUUUAUACUGUUUGACAAGGCUCGUGUGGGGCCUCCAGAAGUCCAUGUGGAAGCUGAAGACAGGGCGGCCGUGAUACACAUCUCCCAUCCUGGGAGAGGAGGCAGCAUGUGGGCCCUUGACAACUUCAGCUUCAGAUAUUACAUCUUGAUCUGGGAAAACCCUUCCGGUGUGAAAAAAACUUUCAGUACUGAUAAUCUGACAGAGAGGAUUUUUGAUCUACUACCAGAGACUACUUACUGUUUGGAAGUUAAAGCAGUACUGGUUAGGGAGAGGAAACAUGGUGCCUAUAGUCCAGUGGUCUGUCUAAAUACCACAGUGGAAAACAUGGUACCUGCACCAGAAAAUGUACAAGUGUAUACGAAAAACAGCAACUUUGUUCUGAAAUGGACUUACGCGCCUGCAGACGUGACCUUUAGGGCUCAGUGGCUCCCUGCCUAUUCAAAAAGGAUUCAUAGGGAUGACUCAGAUAAAUGGAAACCCAUACCUGCCUGCGAAAAUGUCAGAACCACACACUGUACCUUUCCUCAAGACGCUCUCGCGAAAGGAAAUUAUUUCAUCCGUGUGCAAGCAUCCAAUGGAAACAACACGUCCUUCUGGUCCAAAGAGAUAAGAAUGAAUUCUGAACAAUACAUUCCUGUACUUCCUCCAGCCAUUGUCAUGAAACCCUCUAGUGAGUCACUGCAUGUCUCUGUCAGUUUCCAUGAUUCCACGAGCAACUUUCACUCAUUAACUUAUGAAAUUAUUAUUUGGAAAAAUACUUCUAAUACUGAGAGAAGGAUUGUGGAAAGAAGCCCCGAGUUCACGAUUGCUGACCUGCAGCCACUGACUGUGUACUGUGUCCGAGCCCGAGUCCUCAUCGAGACCUACAGCUGGAAUAAAAGCAGCGGGUUCAGUGAUGCCAUGUGUGAGGAAACAAAGCCAGGAGGCUCUCCCGCAGUCUGGAUUGCAGGUGGACUUGUCAUUGCGUCUCUUGUCAUUCCACUUGUUGUGUGUGCCUUGAGAAGCCUCCUGAGUUGUCUCAAUUACGUGUUCUUUCCGUCACUCAAACCUCCUUCUAAUAUUGCUGAGUAUUUCUCUGAGCCAUCUUUGAAGAAUCUUCUACUUUUAACUACCGAGGAACAAACUGAAAAGUGUUUUAUCAUUGAAAACACAGACAGUGUUUCUGUGAAAGAAAGUACACAGGCUGAGGACGAGCACAAGACAUACGCUUCCCAGACGAGUCAAGACUCGGGGCACUAUUCCAACGAAGAUGAGAACGCUGGCAGUGAAACGAGCGAAGAAUUUGUGCAGCAGCAACGGGGUCACCACACAUGAACCCUUUGGUUUAUUUUAUUUUAUUUUUUUAUUUUUUUGGUUUUUCCAAGGUAGGGACUCACUAUAGCCCAACCUGACCUGGAACUUACUCUUUAGUCCCAGGCUGGCCUUGAACUCAUCUCAGUCCUCCUACCUCUACCUCCCAAGUGCUGGGACUAACGGCAUGCGCCACCAGUGAACUCUUUGAAACCAUAGCUGCUGUGGGGGAAAUCUGCUGGAACAGAGACUCCUUACUCCUGUCGGUAAAUGUGAAGAGGAAAUUUGCUUUGGGGAAAGAAAACAGUAUCUCCAGAUCACAAGCCCUAAAAUAUAGGCAAACACCUACCUGUUUAAACAUGAGAUUCCAGAAGCCUGCAGAAAAGUCCUUCUACAUUCCUGUUGUCAGCUCAUCUCUGUGAGAUGCAUCAAGUGAUGAUGGCUUAAGUGCCUGGGACUGUGCCCACUGCUCCAAGCCACAUCUGCAGCUGGUUAUUGCACAUGUCACCUGCUUGUUCUCCAUCCCCAGCGCUAUGUCUUUCUGUUUUCCAGAAGGAAAGGGAAAAACAGAACAAGGAAAAAAACCUGUUUUAGUUAUGAAAGCUUUCUAAAAGCACCAAUUGCUUAUUUAAAAUUACCAUUUAGCAUUUGCUUUUUUUUUUUGGAGGUAGGGUCUCACUCUCACCCUAGAAUUCUGAAACUCACCAUGUAGUGUCAGGCUGGCCUCGAACUCACAUCAAUCCUCCUGCCUCAGCCUCCUGAGUGCUGGGAUUAAAGGCGUGCGCCCUACACCUGGCCUGUUUAGGAUUCUCAAGGUAAAAGGGUCUUAUAUCAGUUGUUGUACUUGGACAGUGGGCCUGAUGGGGCCCUUAACAGUCACCAAGGCCAGCCUUUCUCAUGAGGUCACAUCGGUGUUAACCUUCCUGGUGGAGGGGCGCCUCUCUACGACACCACACACGCCUGACCCCGGUGCAGAGCAGAGGUCCUUGAUGUGACCCACCUCCUGACUGUAGACACACCUCUUGGUCUGUCAGCAUCAGAGUCAGCUCUGCAGCACAGCUUCUGAAUUUGCCAAGCAUUGUCACUUUUUUUAUGACGGGCCAAGAUAUGCCCUAGUCCCCCACCACCAUUGCUUUUCAUGCUGAGCCACAUUGUGAUCCUGCCCAGCACUUCUGUCCACGUGUUACAGGGGAAAAGCCCCUUUGAACAGGACAGCCUAAAAGAAAUGCCUUUGUAAGACACAGACAUUAACAUCAAGACAGCAGAGGAAUUGUUAGGUCCCCGAGAACAUGUGUGAGAGCAUGCCUUCAGGUCAAGACAUGAAGUCACUGACGGGGCACCUGAGCCGCGGCGGCAAAAGGAAGAGGGUCACUGUGGACCAGCCUCUGGACAGACAAAGGCCGCACUGUUCACCCUUCCUAGCACGGCGUGGUGCUUACUCAUGAUGCACUGCUGACUUUUAAGGGAAAAACUAUUUUUCUGAGUAGCCAUUUGUACUGAGGACACCAGUAAACUGCUGAGAGUCACAGUGUUGGUAGUUCUUGGAAGCUAAGUAUGAUCUAAGAAUCCACAUAAAAGACCUCCUACAUAAUAUGUAUAUGUAAUAGUGACAGACCACACUACGUCUGUAUAUAGGUCCGCACGUGCUCACACAUGUGAUGUGAAUCAUAUCCUUUCAGCGUGGACAUAAAGCACUUACUAAAAUAGAUUCUAAAAAAGUAAAAUAAAGAAUUAAUUUUAAAGAAACAAAAUAGAUUCUGAAAUUAUAAAUGCCAUUCUGGAUGGGGAAGAGAGAAUUAUUGGGAGGAGUGGGAUCAGAACACAUUGUGCACAUGUAUGAGAGUCAGAAAUAAAAGGCUUUUUUAAAAAAAAAUGCCAUUCUGAAGUAUAAACUUUAAAAGUCUGACCAUAAAUUUAUAAUCUAUAACAAAAAUAGUUAAAAAAAGUAUUUGUAAGUAAAACCUUUAGCUGCUAAGCCAUCUCUCCAGCCUGAAAAAUAUUUGGACUGGGCACAGUGUCAUACACUUGUGGUCCCAGCUACCCAGAAGUUCAAGACCAGCCUAAGCAGCAUAGCAAGACCCCAUUAUGAAAAGAUACUUAAGUGUGGCUGUGUAUGAUACAAGUGUAUACAGGAGAGGCUAUAAUAUUUAAAACAACCUUUCAUUUCUCUUGAAGAGUUGGGGGCUUGUCACAGAAGCUGCCUCCAUCCCCACUCUGAAAUCCUGUGACUGGCUGUCAUGUUUAUUUUCUUUGAUUUCUGUCUUCCACACUAGAGCAGCAGCUUUGAAAACAGGGAUUUUUUAAUUCGUAACUGUCCCCGGUAUCUGGGACAGCGCAGUACUUUGCACAUAGAUGCUGCUCAGAGAAUAACAAAUGAAUUACAUGCGGCACUUGAACCAGGUGGAUAUUUCUGAUCGUGACUUUAUGUCUAUUUGUAGAAAGAAAUCUUUGCAGUGUUUCUAUGAAACGAGUUUCUAUCUUGUUACAUUUGUAUUUUUGUUUUAAACUUUACUGUUGUAUGAUUUUACAUAAUAAACACUAGAGCCAAGA